AUGGAAGACAAGUUUGAUGAAGGUCCGCGCAACUACAACGAUGAGUCAAGUGUCGUUGAGUUUGAUGAUCAUGAUGAGGACGAAGAAAAAGAAGAAGGUAAAACUGACGACGACAUGGACUCGAGCGACGAUGACAACGAAGACACCAGGUCUUCGAAGAGCAACAUCAAGAGACACACGCGCACUCAAUCACUUGAGAAAGCUACCGUCAUUCCAAGUCCCAAGCGAAGAACAUACAGAGGUCCGUCGCUUGAGCAUGUGUCAGCGGCUGCAAUGGAUUUUGAAGCAGCCUACAUCGUUGAUUCAGUGGGGGAAACGCCGACUACAUUCAAGUCGGCGAUGGAAUCAAGCGACUCCGGCAAGUGGAAAGAAGCGUGUGACUCGGAGUUCGAUUCGCUUCAGAGAAACGACACGUGGGAAAUCGUGCCUCUUCCGAAAGGUCGCAAGGCCAUCGGGUGCCGAUGGGUUUUUCGUGUAAAGGAGAAUCAAGAUGGCGAAGUUGAACGUUUCAAGGCAAGACUUGUGGCCAAAGGAUUCUCACAGAAAUUCGGAGUUGACUAUGAAGAAACUUUCGCACCGGUGGCCAAGUUCACAUCGAUUCGUGUGGUGCUCAGUAUGGCCGCUAAGUACGGCCUAAUGCUACAUCAGAUGGACGUCAAGACAGCGUUUCUUAACGGCUCCCUCAACGAAGACAUCUACAUGGACCAGCCGGACGGAUACCUGGAUGCAACACAGCCAGACUAUGUGUGCAAGCUAAAGAGAUCACUCUACGGCUUGAAGCAAUCGCCUCGCAUGUGGAACCAAACAAUCGAUGGGUUCAUGAUCAAGAUGGGAUUCAAGAAGUGCGAAUCGGACCACUGCAUCUACAUCAAGCGAGACGACCAAGACAUGAUUCUCGUGGUGCUCUACGUCGAUGAUCUCAUCCUGGCCAGCAGCAACAACGAACUCCUCAAGUCGACCAAGAUGGCGCUGAGCAAACGCUUCGAAAUGACGGAUCUCGGUGAGCUCGAUUACUUUCUCGGCAUGGAGAUCAAGAACGACCGUAAGACGGGAAUGGUGACUGUGCAACAAACCAAGUUUCUCAAGUCCGUGUUGACCAAGUUCGGAAUGGAUAACAGCAAGCCAGUGAAGACGCCUCAAGAUCCCGGCCUGAAGCUAACCAAGAACAUGUGUGAACAAGAAUGCAAGCACGAAGACACCAUAUGCAACGUGCCAUAUCGAAGUGCUGUCGGAGGCAUCAUGUAUCUCAUGGUCGCCACACGUCCGGAUCUAGCUGCUGCAGUGGGAUCAUUAUCCCAGUUCUCGUCCGACCCAUGCCCGACUCACUGGCAAGCUUUGAAGAGUGUGCUGAGAUACCUGCAAGCAACGCCCAAUCAUGGUCUUGAGUUUACACGUGAAGAAGGAAGCCGUAUCUGCGGGUACACCGACGCAGACUGGGCCGGCGACAUUGAGUCAAGACGAAGUACAAGCGGCUAUGUGUUCAUGAUGAACGGAGGAUGCAUCAGCUGGAAAAGCCAGAAACAACGGACGGUCGCGCUAUCUUCAACAGAAGCAGAAUACAUGGCGCUUUCCGAAGCAACCAAAGAAGCAGUAUGGCUCAAGGUGCUUUUGGGGGAACUUGGUGAGAUGACAAGCGACGAAGCGAUCAAGGUGUAUGAAGACAACCAAGGAUCAAUCGCUCUCGCCAAGAACCCGGAGUUCCAUAAGAGAACAAAACACAUCGACAUACGCUACCAUUUUGUGCGUGAGAAGGUGGAAUCAGGUGAAGUCGUUUUGGAGAAUUGCCCGACUCAAGAUAUGCUGGCAGACAUGAUGACCAAGCCGAUCGCCGCUGUACAAUUUGAAAACAUUCGCGAUCGACUUGGGAUCCAAGGUACCGCAGCUAACGAGUCGAGAGGGAGUGUUGAAAAGACAGCGGCUGUGAAGAAGACACCUCGUCAAGCUGCGUCAAGUGUUGAAGCAAGUGGAAGACCAAGCUUCGCUAUACCGGUGGGUACCGGUAUGUACCAGUAA